CCUCUCUACGUCACAUGACGCAGCCCAUCAUGGCGCCGGGAGGGCAGCUGCCCGGGCCCGCGGUUCCGCAGGGUGGCCGCUGUAGCUACUGUUAAGAGGCAGCGGCAGCACAGCGCAGGCAGGCGGGAAGGAUGAUGUUUCUGCAGCCGGAGCGGCGGGUGCGGAACAGGAGCCGGGUUGAGUUUGGGCCGAAGCAACGUUUGCUCAGGAGCAGCCCGCGCGGGUGCCGCUGAGGCAGUACAUACUAGUGGACUGACGGACCCAAGGAAGGCGACCCGAGAACCGUCUCCGGGGGACUGUGCCGUGGACGAGAUGCCGGGACCGCCCGCAUUGCUGCUGCUGCUGCUUUUGCGCCUGGUCGUCGGUUAUGCCGGGGCCGCGCCACUUCCGCAAACAGGUGCAGGGGAGGCGCCUGAUGCAGAAGUUCCCUCAAUGUUUGUGAUCCUGUCUGUGUGCAGUUUAAUGAUAUUAAUAGUGUUAAUUGCAAAUUGUGUUUCCUGCUGUAAGGACCCAGAAAUAGAUUUUAAGGAAUUUGAAGAUAAUUUUGAUGAUGAGAUAGAUUUCACACCACCAGCAGAAGACACCCCAUCUGUCCAGUCCCCAGCAGAAGUCUUUACACUUUCAGUACCAAAUAUCUCGCUCCCAGCUCCAUCACAGUUCCAGCCUUCUGUGGAAGGUUUAAAGUCUCAAGUUACCCGCCACAGUCUAAACUAUAUACAGGAAAUUGGAAAUGGCUGGUUUGGAAAGGUCCUUCUUGGAGAGAUUUAUACAGGCACAAGUGUGGCAAGAGUAAUAGUGAAGGAGUUAAAAGCAAGUGCAAGCCCAAAGGAACAAGAUACUUUUUUGAAAAAUGGUGAACCUUACUAUAUUCUUCAGCAUCCAAAUAUUCUCCAGUGUGUUGGACAGUGUGUAGAAGCAAUUCCCUAUCUUCUGGUGUUUGAAUUCUGUGACUUGGGCGACCUGAAGGCUUACCUGCGCAAUGAGCAAGAGCACAUGCGGGGCGACUCGCAGACCAUGCUGCUGCAAAGGAUGGCGUGUGAGAUUGCUGCAGGGCUGGCCGCCAUGCAUAAGCUCCACUUCCUGCACAGUGAUUUGGCCCUGCGGAAUUGUUUCCUUACCUCUGACUUAAAUGUGAAAGUGGGAGAUUACGGAAUCGGAUUCAGCAGGUACAAGGAAGAUUAUAUCGAGUCAGAUGAUAAAAAAAUUUUCCCUCUGCGAUGGACUGCACCAGAAUUAGUAACCAGCUUCCAGGACAGACUACUGACUGCAGAGCAAACUAAAUACAGUAAUAUCUGGUCUCUGGGUGUGACACUUUGGGAGCUUUUCAAUAAUGCUGCUCAGCCCUAUGCAAACCUGUCCGACCUCAAUGUCCUCAAUCAAGUCAUCAGGGAGAGAGACACAAAGCUCCCGAAGCCCCAGCUGGAGCAACCCUAUUCCGAUAGAUGGUAUGAAGUUUUACAGUUCUGUUGGCUGUCACCAGACAAGCGGCCAGCAGCCGAGGACGUGCACAGACUGCUGACUUACCUACGGAUGCAGAGCCAGCGGGACCCAGAAGUUGACUUUGAGCAACAGUGGAAUGCUCUCAAGCCAAACACCAACAGCAGAGACACUUCAAGCAAUGCCGCAUUCCCAAUCCUUGACCACUUUACGAGAGAUCGGCUUGGUCGAGAAAUGGAGGAAGUCCUCACAGUGACUGAAACAAGUCAGGGGCUGAGCUUCGAGUACGUAUGGGAGGCUGCCAAGCAUGAUCAUUUUGAUGAGCGCAGCCGGGGCCACCCAGACGAAGACUUGUCCUACUCCAGCAUCUUCUUUCCUGUUGAAGUGUUUGAGAGCUCCCUUUCAGAUCCCGGGCCUGGGAAACAAGAUGACAGUGGCCAGGAGGUGCCCCUUAGAGCCCCUGGAGUGGUUCCUGUGUUUGAUGCUCAUAACCUUUCUGUUGGAAGCGACUAUUACAUCCAAUUAGAAGAAAAAAGCAGAAGCAACUUGGAGCUUGAUUACCCACCCACGCUGCUCACCACGGAAAUGACUAACCCAGAAAAGGCAGGAGCCGAGGUGUCCCAGUUCACAGCCCUUAGGAACCCGAACUUUGAGGAAUCUAGUACAGAUGAGGAUUUCUUCCAAAGCAGUGCAGACCCUAAAGAUUCUAGCUUAGCUGAGGACUUACAUGUUGCCAGUGGCCCAGAGAGCCCUUUCAACAAUAUAUUUAAUAAUCUUGAGAAAGCUGAGGAUUUUCCCAGCCACCAAAAAAUAUUCACCUUAAUGGAACUAAAUGGAGUUCCAGCUGACUUGAAGCCAACCACUUUAGGUUCAAGUUUGGAGGACCACAGAGAGUCAGAAAUAACUUGCCACUCUGACAGAGAAAAGCCCCAUAAGCUUUUUGACCAUGAGCCUUUUUGCUUAUCAGAAAAGCUUUUGCAUCAAGAUCACUUAGAUCCAUUGAAUGUUCAAGAAUUGUCGGAAAACUUUUUAUUUCUUCAAGAGAAAAAUUUAAUAAAAGGCUCACUAUCUAGCAAACAGCUUAUAAAUGAUCUUCACACAGAAUUUAAGAAUGCUGGUUUUACUGAAGCCCUAUUGGAAACAGCACAUAGAAACUCUCUAGACAAUAAGCUUGAGUUUGCAGAAGAUACACCCAGCUCUCUUUUGCCACAGGAAAACACAAGCACCAGGAGUGAAGAUGCAGGUGUUACACUCACGGGUGCCAUUCAGAGCGCCUCAGUACCAUCUUCCCCAGGAAUACAGGUACCUCCUACCUCUCUCACAGCAGAAGAAAUGCCUCCUGGUGGCUCCUCAGACUCACUUCUGAGACCAGGAGAAAGCAAGCCCACGGGUUUGGAUGUCAGUGUCCCUGAGGACUGUGCCUCCCAGGACCCUCACCCAGACUCUGUGACUGCCCCCACGGAAAGCCCCUCCACCAAUGCCAAAACCCACAGCAUGGACAGCGGGCCCCCUGACAGGACUCGCCAAAGCGGGGAGGCCUUAAGACCAACCAAAAGGGACAGUGCCCUCUUGGAUGGUAUUCUUGCUGGUCAGGCUAAUACAGGGGAUAGUCUUCCAGAAUCCAGACAGGACUUAAGAAAUCGGCCCUUUACAGAAGACCAGCAUGGUGGCAGUUUGCAGGAGAACUUAGAAGCUGUGGAGACGUUAAAUCAACUCAAUUCUAAAGAUGCCAUCAAAGACAUGGGCUUGGCUUCUGCCCUUUCCUCAGAUUCCACCAGCCAGGACAGCCUCCUGGAAGACAGCUUGUCCACAGCCAUCCCGAACUCUGAGCAAUCUGUGGAGACCCCAGACUCUCUGGAUUCUGUGGAUGUCCAUGAGGCAUUACUGGAAUCCUUAGGCUCCCACAGCCCUCAGAAACUCUUGCCCCCUGAUAAGCCAGCAGACAGUGGCUACGAAACAGAGAACUUGGAGUCUCCCGAGUGGACUCUGCACCCUGCCACUGAAGGCACCUCAGAUUCAGGCUCAGCUGCUGCUGGAGACCCUGGGCAUAGCAGCUUGCCUCCCAACCCAGUCAUCGUUGUCUCAGAUGCAGGUGAUAGCCACAGAGUUGCAGAAGGUGCCUCACAGACCUUUGCCCCAGGCUCACAGAGCUCAUACAGAGACUCUGCAUAUUUCUCGGACAAUGACUCAGAGCCGGAUAAAAAGUCCGAGGAGGUCCCAGGGGCUUCCACCUUGACCUUGGUAGCAAAGGACCAGCCGCUGCCUGAGCCAGUCAUCCUAGAGCAAAGCCCUGGUGCCAAAGACAGCUGCCUGGAAGCCCAAAAAAGCCAGCUAGAUCAAAGUUGCCCACUUGUUCUGCAAAUUCCCAAUAACCUACAGUUAGGAGAAACAUUGGAGCCAGUGCAAGCUGAUGUUUCUCAGCAGAUUCAUCCUGUGGAAGAUGAGGCUAGCAGCCCCUUAAGUUUGCUGAUUGCGGAACUGAGCAGUGGUGAUGACCUCGAGGCACAGGAGGAGCACUCCUGCACCCUCACCUCCACAGGAACCAACACUAAUGAACUCCUUGCAUACACAAAUUCUUCUGUAGAUAAGUCCUUCUCUGGGCACUCCGAGGGGCCUAAGCUGAAGGAGCCAGACAUCGAAGGGAAAUACCUGGGCAAGCUCGGGGUGUCUGGGAUGCUCGACCUCUCUGAGGAUGGGAUGGAUGCCGAUGAGGAGGAUGAAAACAGCGAUGACUCCGACGAGGACCUGAGGGCUUUCAACCUACACAGUCUCAGCUCUGAGUCGGAAGAUGAUACUGAGCACCCGGUGCCGGUGAUCCUCAGCAACGACGAGGACAGCCGGCACUUGCGGAGCCUGCUGAAGCCGGUGGCAGCAGCUGUAGCUGUGGAUCAGCUGCCAGAGGACUGGAAGAAGGAAAAGAAGGCAGUCACUUUUUUCGACGAUGUCACAGUCUACCUGUUUGACCAGGAGACCCCAACCAAAGAGCUGGGGCACUGUGGAGGAGAAGCACACCGCUCCGAGCCCAGCAGCCCAGCACCAGCGUCAGGCUCACUCUACCUGAGCAAGUGCAUAAACUCUGAGAGCUCCACAGAUGAAGAAGGUGGAGGCUUUGAAUGGGAUGAUGACUUCUCCCCAGAUCCUUUCAUGUCGAAGACAACUAGCAACCUUCUGGGUUCCAAGCCUUCCCCUCAGCCAUCCAAGUACUUCUCCCCGCCCCCGCCAGCCAGGAGCACAGAGCAGAGCUGGCCACAUGUGUCACCCUGCUCCAGGUUCUCCAUCUCUCCUGCCAACAUCGCCAGCUUCUCUCUUACACACCUCACUGACUCGGACAUCGAGCAAGGAGGCAGCAGUGAAGAUGGAGAAAAGGACUAGGUGGCCACAAACAGUCUCCAGGCCCAAGUGGUGUUCCCACCCAUCAGCCCAAGCAGCAACAGCAGCUGAGCGAGACUGGAGGACUCUGCAGGACUCUGAAGGAGGUGAGGGUGUGUGGUCUCCCACAGCUGCACCGCCCAUUGUCCACAGCUGCACACCCUCUGUCCUCACACUUGAAGUAAAGUGCUCACACGCUGGUCGCUCUGCAUCCAUAUGGGGAACUGUGUGUGCCCGUGUGUGUCUGUUUUCUGUGCUGCUGUCCUUUGUGUCCACACCUGUGCUUCCAGGUCUGGGCACAGGUGCCACGGAGGAUGCACCAGGGUAAUGGUCAUGAGUGAGCCAUAUUUAUUGUUUUAAAAGAAAUCACUAACUGCUCUCUGUAAUUGCACUGUGGUUAAGUGUUCUAAGAGUCCCCAGUAUUGUACAGAAUCGUAAAUUAUUCAAUGAAAAUACAGAAGGUCAAGCUGGUGCUAACCACUAGUUUGAUUGUUUGUUUGUUUGUUUGUUUUUUCCAGUUUGAUAGUUUGCCCUGCAUGGUACUUGUAAAGCUUAAAUAUUUUGAGUGAUAAUGCUGUCUUAAGAAUUGUUGGAGCUGUAUAUGUGGUACCCUUUCAUACAUGAUACAGAUUCUGAAUGUUAGUGUUUUAUGUUCUUAUAGGAAAUAUUUUUGAUGAGUCCAAAAAUACUGCUCUGUUACUUAAAAUGAUUAAAUCAAACACACUUUGUCUCUUCCCUAGAAGGUGGUUUUCCUGUGGCAGAUGCAACUUUUCUGGGCUGACAAAGGGUCUUGCAGCCUCCCCAUGAGGUUCCCCCACUGCCUUGAUGUUUUAAACCCUUUUGGUAAAGGUGACAGGUGCACCCCACACUCAGCUCUGGCUGCAGUCUAGGACCACAGUGUGGUGUGGCAGGAUCAUGCGAGGCCAGGCCAUGUGAGUCCUGCUGAGUCCUUCCUUUGAAAAGGGGAGGACCUCCGAGGUAUGCAUUUCCCUAUGAGGAGCUCUGGCUACCAAGGGUGAUUUGUCUACUGCAGGUAGUGUUGAUUUGAGCUCUUAAAACAUUUCCAGAGCUGGACUUUCAGCUCAGAGCCACUCCAAGUCUGGCCAGAGGUGGCGAGUCUCUGCAACCCAAGACAGUGCAUUCUGCAGCCGUGCAGAAGGGACAAAGGACCACAACAGAACCCCAGCAUCUGGCACAUCCUCCUGAUUGGUUUCACAGUCUCAACAGCCCCAGAGCCCGGCUGCCUAGCCCUUCCCUGUGCUAUAGGAACCAAGUCCUCCUCUUGACUUGAAAGGAACUGAGUGUCUUCAGUGCGACUUCGUCAGAAUCCAUUUUCCCUCACCCAAAGAUGACCUCAUUGUCCCAGCCUGGAGUUCUGCUUGGACAUCAGGAAGUCUUCCAGGGCUGUGCUGUGUGGCAGCACGUUCCUUCUGGACAGUACCCCAUACCAGCCCUUCACCCCAGCUGUUUCCCGGUACUGAUCCACUUCCCAGACUCCAGUGUGACAUUAGGAUGACUCCAAGCCCUUGUCAGCAGGAGGGCUUGGGUCCCCAGUACAGACUGCAAAGGUAGACAUUGGCUAGAGUUUACAUAGUAAAUUGUGAAUUGUGACCUUUCUUACCGGUUCUAAGUCACUCCAUGAAUUAUUUUAUACUAAGCAAUAAUUUUCCAAAGCAAGAAAAUUCUGAGUGGAGUUGCUCUCAUCCCCCACUUGAUGUGAACAGAGUGCAUGCCAGGACUCUUCAGGGAGCUCUGGCUCUUGUGACACCUGUAUUAAAAACAGGGCAUUUGAAGGGGAUUUUGCCAAAACUGUCAUAACUCUGAAUUUCUUACCAUGGAGACUUCCUGAGUUUUCUGAAUUUUUUACCUCUACCUACUAGGCUUAGUUGAUUGAGAGAGAAAUGAGAUUGAGAGAGAAAUUUAAAUGAUUAUUUAAAUUAUAGGUCAAAGGAGUUCAGAUUUAAUGACUAAAAUCAAGCAGAUUCAUAGAAUAUAUGGCCUUCUUAUACAGUAAGCCCAGGAUGUUUAUUGAUAUUUCAGGGCUAUACAUUUUCACUACAUUAAGAUUUUAACAAUGUAAGUCCCAUUUUUAAUUUUUAUAUCACUCAUAAUUUAUUGCCAAAAAAGCAUUUUGUACAUGGGCGGGGUGGGUCAUACUGUGGUAUUGCAUGGAACGGGAGACUAUUUCUCAUCAACAUGUGAGUCAACAUGUUCUUUUGGAAUCUCAAGCAAUAUAAAAAUUUAAAUGGAUUAAAACUUCAGCCCAUUUUUGAAAUGUCAGCACGUGCUUUGUUGUGUAAUUGUUUUUUGUUUUUUUUACAGAUAAAUCUUAUCAGUGGUAGGUUUUCAAACAUAUUUGUUCUAAUAAGUUAUGCAGUGAAGUAAAUCAGUGGCAUUCUCUAGAUGAUGUGGGAAGGUUGCUCAUACCUAGUUGGCAGAGUGUGUGAAUUUUAGAUCCUACAGUACCAGUAAUCUACCCUUCACUUCCCUCCUAGCUGAUCCUGAUUUGUGUUAUUAGCCGAACCUGUCAUAAGACAGAAA